AUGUGGGCUGAGGUGUUGCUUCUGCCCUGCAGGGCCGGGCUGCGGCCGUUCCUGCCGCUCCGCCUGCGGCACCGAGCGGCGGGCGCCAUGAGGCUCCAGUCCCCCCAGUUCCAGGAGCUCUUCACGCCGGGGCUUCGCAGUGUGGCAGAAAUAUUUGAGAAGAAGAACUAUGAGCUGAGGAUAGCAGGAGGAGCUGUGAGGGAUUUGCUCAGUGGGCUGACACCCCAGGACGUUGAUUUUGCCACUACAGCUACGCCAGCAGAGAUGAAGGCAAUGUUCACCGCCGCUGGCGUUCGUCUGAUCAAUAACAAGGGAGAGAAACAUGGAACCAUAACUGCCAGGGUCCAUGAGCAGAACUUUGAGAUCACCACCCUGAGGAUCGACGUCGUCACCGACGGGCGCCACGCCGAGGUGGAGUUCACCACGGACUGGCAAAAGGAUGCUGAGAGGAGGGAUCUGACUGUCAACUCCAUGUUUUUAGGCUUGGAUGGGCUGCUGUAUGAUUUUUUUAAUGGCUAUGAAGACUUGCAAAACAAGAAGAUCAGAUUUGUAGGGAAGGCAAGUGAGAGAAUCCAAGAAGAUUAUUUACGCAUCCUGAGAUACUUCAGGUUUUAUGGAAGACUUGCAGAAAAUCCUGGUGACCACGAGCCUAAUACCCUGCAGGCCAUCCAGGAGAAUGCCAAAGGUUUGGCUGGGAUCUCAGGAGAGAGGAUUUGGGUGGAACUGAAGAAGAUCCUGCUUGGGAAGCACGUCAGUCAUUUGGUUGGCCUGAUGUACCAGCUGGAUAUUGCCCAGUACAUAGGACUACCCCUUGAGGGGAACUUAGAGGAAUUUGAGAGAGUCACUAAAAAUGCUCAAAAGCUGUCUCCAAAACCAAUGACUAUUCUGACCUCCCUCUUCAAGACAAAGGAUGAUGUCACCAGCCUUGAUCUGAGGCUGAAGAUCUCCAAAGAGGAGAAGAACCUUGGCCUGUUCUUAGUGAAGCACCGACAAGAGUUAACCAAAGCAUCUGGUCCAGAGCCACUCAGACCAUACCAGGACUUCAUCAUGGAUUCUAGAGAAGCCAACACAACCUCCAGGAUCUGUGAGCUUCUCAAAUACCAAGGAGAAGAGCAUCUUCUGAAGGAGAUGCAGCAGUGGACUGUCCCUACCUUCCCUGUCAGUGGCCAUGACCUGAGGAAGCUGGGAGUGUCUUCUGGGAAGGACAUUGGCGCUGCCUUGCAGCAGCUGCGGGAGGAGUGGAAGAGGAGCGGCUACCACAUGGACAAGGAGGAGCUGCUGAGCUGCCUCAGGAAGGUGGAAAACUAGGAGUGGAGAAGCCCUCCUGCCCUGCUCUGUGUGUAACUGAGACUCUCAGCGUUGCCAGGAGCAGUGUAGCACCUGCCACGUGGAAGAUCUUCAGCCAGCAGGGUUCUGCUGGUCCUAACCCUUCUUUUCCACCAGGAGAGGCUCAAUCCUGUGCUGCUGUAGAACUGACUCUGCCAGGGGUCACACCCUUUACCCCUCCCUCUCUGUUGUAUUUGGAUGCUAAAUGCUCUUUUAACAUCUUUUCCAUGCUCUUUAACAUCUUUAUUGAUGAGCUGGACGAGGGCAUUACAGUAUCACAGUAUAACUAAGGUUGGAAGAGACCCCAAGGAUCAUCAAGUCCAACCUGUCUCCACAG